ACUACUCCUCAGUAGGCCCCAGAAAUACAGUCACCUGUCGUAGUUAAAACAAUCGCAUCGUUGUCUGGCAAGGCGCAAGCAAGCUUGGCUUUCUUCAUCGCGCGCUUCUUCCCCAAAACAGAUGAAUAACGUCGAAAAGAAGUGAACGAACGGCUACGGAAGAACCAAAGCAGAAGAUCACAGUGGCCUUGCCUCCGCGUGCUGAAACAAACGAUAAACGGAACGGCAAAUUCGUAGUAAGCGGUGGCGUUAACAGUCGCAAGGCCGUGCAAGGACGUUCUUCGAUUGUUUUCAGCGGGUCGUCGAUUCUUUCAACGGAUCGCGGAACCUCCUAGAGGUCAGUUUAUAUCUACAAGCGCCAUCGCUGUUUUUCUCUAUUGAAACCGAUCCGAGAUUUAUGUAGAAAAGGACUUUUUAUUUGGGUCUUUGAUGAAAAAAACCUAAUUUUAUUCAGAAUUUUCCAAGAGCAGCUGCAGAAACCUGCGUCAUUGACGAGUACUUCAAUAACUGCUGAAUAUAGUUACCACCUGGGAAAGGCUAAGCAAAGAUGGUACCAACGGUGCAGACAUCAUUUUUCCUAAUAUCAAUUCUACUCAUAAAUUUCGCGAUUUCCGCUCCAACAUUCCGAUCGAAAAGUAUGGAACGACAGGGGAAAAACCUGGCAUUUUUCGACUACAUUCAACCCGAAGUUGACUUCGAAAAUUAUGGGGUUGAUAAUGGCGACUAUGAAGAUGUGGAAGAAAACGAACUAAGUCGAACGAUACCAAAAAGAAAACGGAUAAGAAACCCCCAAUACAAUUCACCAAUCUAUUAUAUUCGAUUGCCUCCUCAACCUUACGUGUUUGUGCCAGGUUUGGGAUAUAUGUCUCAACCGCCACCAAACCCAAUGUCUCAAUUUGUUAAUAUACCAGUCAGUUUUGUAUCGAAUGGAAAGCCCAAUGGUAUCUACCAAUGGACCGGUGGUAUUGACAUACCAACAGCAGCGCCACCUCCAAAACCAACCACCCCCAAGCCCAAACCCAAACCCGUAAAAAAACCCAUGAAACCCGAUUCGACUAUUCACCGGCUGCCUGGACAGUUUACGUUCAAUGGACGUCCCGAGGACAUUUUCGUGUUAAGGGACUCAUAUAACUCGCUGUAUGGGGACGUUCUGCAGAAUCUAUAUCCUUAAAUUGUGAUGGGAAUUUUAUGGACAUUUGGUGAAAAUGCGCUUUUUUAUUCUCGUCAUGGUAGAUAAUGGAUUGAGUAGGGUAGUUUAAAUGCUUCGAAAACAUCAUCCGGGAUUAGUAGUGCAAAAUUCAUAAAAGUAUAUAUUCGACUAGAUGCCUUGAAUUAAUGAAUUGUAGUCUUAUAUUAUAGGUAUUUAUUAAAUGGAAGUCAUUCCUAGAACUAAGUUUAUUAGCUUCAAUAAACCAAUAUUAUAAAUACAAAACAAACUUACUGAUUACUAAUUAUCUUUCUUGCAGGGAUUGUUAAUAAUUAAUAGAUAUUUUAUAGCUCAAUUAGAAAAUUUCAAGUUUGCCUUGUAGAGAAUGCACAUAACUUAUCAUCUUCAUAUAUUCACUAACUUUCACUCAUCAGAUCAGAUAUAUGUUUAUAAACAAACAUUUAAGAAAAAUUAACUGAGACAAAUGUUAUACUCAGCACAUUGGUAUGUCUUCCAUAUUAUAUACCUUCUAAAGAAAUCUUAUAUAAGAACAUUAAAAGUCAAUGUAAAGGAUUCAGUUUAGUUAAGUUCAUCUUUUCAUCAUUAGAUUUAAUAUGAGCGGCAGCGUAUAUGAGAUACUGUUAGUUAAUAGUUAAUUUGAAUGUUUAAUCGUGAGAAUGUGUUUUGUAAGUUACAGCAGCGUGCUGGUGUCGAAUUCCUAAUUAGCCGAAAAUUCAGCACAUGGAAUAUAAAUGGAAAAAUUGGAAUUACAUAACGGGAGAAUAUCUUGAAACGUGAAGAACAAGCUACACAUGUAAUAGGAUGUUCGUUCGAUUCUCUCGAUUGGGUUCAAUUCAAAUUCAUUCCAUGUCGAUUACGUCUCGUAAAAAACACGUAAAUAUAGUUUAAUAAUAGAUCGUUAUUGCAAAUUCGUUAUUUAAUUUCGUCCGAAAGGGGAUUAGUUUGCCUUAUUGAUACAACUUUUUUUUUCAAAACCAUAUUGAUAGAAACGCUCGUUUUUUCGAAUCUUCGUUUUUAUUGCGAAUUUUUUAAAUUUUCAAUAGCAUUUAACUAAAUCACUUAGAACCCGGAUAGUUAAUAAGGCCUAAAAACCAUGUGUAAAGAAUUUGAAUAGAGAAACAUUCUGAUGAAUGAAUGAUGGAAAAAUAAGUUCCACUGCCUACAUAUUAAGGGUUACUACCUUAGCAGUAUGUAUAUUUUAAAGUAACUAGUUUUGUACUGUUUGCAAAUAACGUAAUUUAUUGUAUAAAUAAUAUAUAUUGCCCCAAAUAGUAGGUAAGAAAGAGAUAUCAAAGUAAUAAAACUGACUGGAAAUAAUAUAUAUUGGAUACUGAAUAAAGAUAAUACAAUUGA